CUGAUCUCUGCCCGCGUAUCCUUUCAUCACUCCUCUACCUCCUGUGAUUUUUUCAGCUUUAUCUGUUUAUUGGUCUUUCGCUUCUACGGUUCAUACAGUCACCAUGGUCGCCCAUGGCGUUACGGGAAUGCUUGGGGAGGAUGGCAUCCAUGUUGAUAUGAAUCAUUUGAAGAAGGGAGAGGUGAACUUAGGAACAUCCAUCAUGGCAAUCAACUUUAAGGACGGUGUUAUAUUAGGCGCGGAUAGCAGAACUACCACCGGAGCCUACAUUGCCAAUCGAGUCACCGAUAAAUUGACGCAGGUCCAUGACACAAUCUGGUGCUGUCGAUCCGGUUCAGCCGCGGACACCCAGGCAGUGGCUGACAUCGUUUCUUACCAUCUCAACAUGUACGGCGUUGUCCAUGAUGAAUCCCCGACGACCCAGGUUGCCGCUGCAUUGUUCCAGGAGCUGUGCUAUGAAAACAAAGACAUGCUAAGUGCCGGUAUCAUCAUUGCUGGAUACGAUAAACGCCAUGGUGGCCAAGUGUAUUCCAUACCCCUGGGAGGUUCCCUGCACAAACAACCGUUUGCCAUCGGCGGAUCGGGCUCAACCUACAUCUACGGCUACUGUGAUGCUCACUGGAAGGAGAACAUGACAGAGGAGGAGGGCAUUAACUUUGUCCGUAGCGCACUGCGCGAGGCGAUUAAGUGGGAUGGAAGCUCUGGCGGAGUCAUUCGACUGGUGGUGCUAACAGCCCAGGGAGCGGUGAGACAUCUCUACCUGCCCGAUACAGACUAUACGGGCCCUGGGGCCACCAAAUGAUGGGAGUUUUAAUCAUGUCAUCUUGCUUGUUUCGUUUCUAUAAAUGGAUAGUUUUCUUCGACUGGUAACGGGGUAUUUUGAGCUUCGACAGAUUCCUUGGCGAGAACCAUCCAUUCAGAAAAAUCGAUCGACGGGCGUUUGAUCUGUGCUGUUAGUGCUAUCGUUAAUAAUUUCUGUCGAUAUUAUUAUCGUAGGUGAUCGGCAGUGAC